AUGAAGUUCACAGCCGAGACUGUGCUUCUUGCCACUCUUUUUGCUGGGCAUGUCGCCGCCCUGGUGCCGAGAAAGAUAAAGCUCAAGCAGCAUUAUCGCGAGAAUUCGACCUUUGCGAAACUCUGGGCUGCAGCACCCAUUGGCAACGAAAUCAACCGCGCCGGUUGGAAAGUAACUUGCGAUAGCUUCGAGCCAGGCAACGAAUGUGGAAAAGCCAUUGACGGAAACAACAAUAGCUUUUGGCAUACAAAGUAUGACGGUUCGAAUCUUCCCCACCAGAUUGUUGUCGAUUUCGGUACCGUAAAAAAUGUCAAUGGUAUUUCCGCACUGCCUCGACAGGACGACAACGACCAUGGCUUCAUUGCCCAGCACGACGUAUCGGUCAGCACUGACGGAAAGACGUGGGAAUCGGUUGCGGGAGGAAACUGGUAUGGUGGUGAUAAGACCCUGAAAUUCGCCAAUUUCGAAACCCGUUCCAUUCGUUAUGUUCGCCUCAAGGCCACAAGUGAAGUCAAUGGCAACCCCUGGACAAGUCUAGCUGAGAUCAAAGCCUACGAAGCCAAAGCUGGGCCGACUGCGUACAACCAAAACGGAAAAUGGGGACCGACUAUCAACUUCCCUACCGUCCCUGUUGCGGCGACCGUUGAUCCUAACUCGGGCAAGGUCAUUGUGUGGUCGUCAUACACCUACGACAACUACCUUGGAUCUUCACAAGAUCGGGUCUUCACCUCUAUUUGGGACCCAAAGACUGGCAUUGUCACUCCUAAACUAGUGGAUAACACUGACCACGACAUGUUCUGCCCCGGUAUUUCCAUCGACGGUACCGGCAAGAUGGUGGUCACAGGCGGUAACUCUGCGCAAAAGACUACUCUGUACGACUUUGCAAGCCAAACAUGGAUCCCCGGCCCGGACAUGAAUCUGCCCCGAGGCUAUCAGGCAUCUGCAACCUUGUCGGAUGGCCGUGUAUUCACAAUUGGAGGCUGCUGGAGCGGAGGUUGGUUUGAAAAGAACGGCGAAGUUUACGACCCCAAGGCCAAAACCUGGAAGAACCUGUCGGGAGCUUUGGUCAAACCCAUGCUUACCAACGAUGCUCAGGGCAUAUAUCGUGCAGAUAACCACGGCUGGUUCUUUGGCUGGAAGAGUGGCAGCGUCUUUCAAGCUGGGCCUAGCACGGCCAUGAAUUGGUAUUCCACCACCGGCAAUGGGGGCGUCACACCGGCCGGUCAGAGAAAGUCUGACCGAGGCGUGGAUGGAGACUCAAUGAACGGCAACGCCGUCAUGUACGACGCUACCCAGGGCAAGAUCCUAACGUUUGGCGGUGCGCCCUCGUACCAGGACAGUGAUGCCACGGCCCACGCUCACUUGAUCACCAUUGGAAAUCCCGGCACGCAAGCCAAAGUCCAAUUUGCCUCCAAUGGACUCUGGAGUGCUCGCUCAUUCCAUACAUCUGUCGUCCUCCCCGACGGCAAUGUCUUCAUCACCGGCGGGCAAAGCUACGCCGUGCCGUUCUCAGAUGACACGCCGCAACUUACACCCGAGUUAUACAAGCCAGCCGACGAUAGCUUCUACCAACAGCAACCUAAUUCCAUUAUUCGCGUAUAUCACAGCAUUUCACUCCUUCUCCCCGACGGCCGAGUCCUCAACGCCGGUGGCGGUCUCUGCGGCGACUGCAACACCAACCAUUUCGACGGCCAGAUCUUCACACCACAAUACCUUCUUACCAGCACUGGCCAACCGGCUACUCGCCCCGUCAUCAAAUCUGCCACGCUCUCUGGACGCAAAAUCACAAUCAGCACCGACUCCGCAGUCUCUACUGCAUCACUCAUUCGUUUCGGAACUGCCACACACACUGUCAACACUGACCAGCGUCGUAUCCCACUGACGCUGACCAAAACCGGUACAAAUAUGUACACGGCUAAUGCGCCUACUGAUUCAGGCAUCUUACUACCCGGCUACUACAUGCUGUUUGUCAUGAAUGCCAAUGGGGUGCCUAGUGUUUCCAAGACACUUAGCUUCCUUGUAUAG